ACCAUUUUGAGUGCAACGGUCACACUUUAGGGCGUGUUAUUUUCUAAGCUGGCUUUUUAACUAUAUUUUAAUAGGAAGAACAAAUGGGUGCGUCCAACCGCAUUUUACAAGUUGCCGUUAGCGCGUCCGUGUUUUCCCUAAUAUGUUUUGUUAUCGCGUUUUCCACGCCCUAUUGGCUGGUUACAGACGGUAGAUUACAAGACCCGCGAUUCACUAACCUAGGCCUUUGGGAAGUUUGUUUCAACAACUUCCAGGACAUACACCGAUUUUUUGACAAUUCCUUUAACGGAUGCCUAUGGGUUUUCGAAGAGGAAUAUUACAUCAUACACGACUUCCUCCUGCCUGGCUUCUACAUAUCCGUUCAACUUUUUGCUACGCUAUGCUUUGUAAUGUGCCUUGUUGUUAUACCACUCACUGCAGCAUUUCUUCGCACUUCUCGCGACGAUGACAGGUACAUGGUGCUCCUGCUGGCAAUAGGAUCAUGCCAGGUUGUGGGCUCUGUGUUCGGGUUUAUUGCUGUGGUCAUUUUUGGCGCAAAAGGAGAUUCUCGGGAUUGGAUGCCAGGAUGGCAGAACAACGAUAUGGGCUGGUCAUUUGCUCUGGGCGUUGUUGGCGCUGUGCUGCUACUGCCGGCUGGCGUACUCUACCUGGUAGAAGCGCGUCGGGAAAGGUACAAGCGCCUAAACGAAAUCAGCAAUCGGGAGAUCAGUGAAUACGGUGAUGAGUAUUACCAGAAUCAGGCAUCCCCCGCAGUGCUUCCGACCGCUCCGUCGCCAUAUCAAUCCUAUUUUGCAUCCGAGCCAAGCCGACCAAGAAGACCCCAACAAAGUAGUGCAUCGAAUUCCGCUGUACAAGGAGGAAUUCAAACAGAUAUAUAAAUCAAAAAGUUAAAGAUAAUGAAUUCGAAGGAAUUUUCCGUCCAUUUACACAAUAUUUUAUAAUAAUUUACAAAUAUACAAAUAUAUACGAUAUAAGGUAGAAUAGUCAUUUCCCUAAAUCGACUACUAAUGCUUUUAAAAUGUAUCGAAUUCGAAGGUAAUAAAUAUUUGUCAAAUAAUUUA